AUGGCCCCGACGACAAGAUUCCGAGCCGAUCCCGCUGGGGUGCCGCUGCCAUUUGUGAAGGAAUACUAUGGCCAACGAGCCUCUGUUCCGGGGACCCUAAUCAUUACCGAAGCCACAGAUAUUUCCCCAGAAGCAACCGGAUCCGCGGACGUCCCAGGCAUCUGGACGACUGCACAGGUGGAAGCCUGGCGAGCCAUCGUUGAGCGCAUCCAUGCACAGGAAUCCUUUGUUUUCCUCCAGAUCUGGGCCACGGGCCGUGGCGCCGAGCCUGAGGUUGUGGCGAACAAUGGUAUCGACUUCGUCUCUAGCAGCGCGAUCGCUGUUAACGAGUCAUCGCCGAUCCCACGCGCCUUGACUGAGGAUGAAAUCCAGCAGUACAUCAAGCAGUUUGCGGAGGCGGCGUGCCGGGCCAUUGAGGAGGCUGGGUUUGACGGGGUUGAGAUCCACGGCGCUAAUGGGUAUCUGAUCGAUCAGUUUACCCAGCAGUCAAGCAAUUGGCGAACGGAUAGGUGGGGUGGCAAUGUUGAACGACGUUCCCGAUUCGCCAUCGAAGUGACCAAAGCCGUAGUUGAGGCAGUAGGGGCACAUCGAGUGGGCAUCAAGCUCUCCCCUUGGAGUCAGUAUCUCGGGAUGGGCACCAUGGAGGACCUGGUGGCCCAGUUUGAGGAUUUGAUCGGGCGUUUGCGGAACCUGGACAUUGCAUAUCUGCAUCUGGCCAACUCGCGAUGGUUGGAAGAUGACACCAACUCUCCGGAUCCUGAUCAUCAGGUGUUCGCGCGGGUAUGGGGCGACAGUAAGCCUUUGCUCUUGGCGGGCGGCUAUAACGCUGAAACGGCGCAAGAACUCCUCGACCAUCUCUACCACGAUCAGGACAACGUCGCCGUCGCUUUCGGCCGGUAUUUUAUCUCCACGCCAGACCUCCCAUUCCGCAUCAAGGCAGGCAUCGACAUAGCCAAAUACGACCGCGCCACCUUCUACACCUCGCUGACGAGAGAGGGAUAUUUGGACUAUCCAUUUUCUUCGGAAUUUUUGGCUGCGAACCCAAGCCCCAGACAUGGUAUCAUGACUACACCCCCUGUGCACAACACUGUCGACAAACCGCCUCACCCCUCAUCUUAA